AUGGACCUCCUGACAGCUGUCACCAACCCGGCUGUGGCCCGGCUCCUCUGGGUCCUCGCUCUGGUGCUGGCCACCCUCCUGGUCUGGCUCCUCUUCUUCUGCUGCUACAGCUGGAACCAGAGCUCCUCGUCCUCCCUGGAGAAAUACCUGGCAGUGAUGACAAAACGCUCCAAAUCCAAAGCUCCAACUCAGAGGAAGAAAAAGCCCAAAGAGAAGCCGACAACUUCUGUCCAGUCAGAGAAGGAGAAGGAGGAGGAGGAGGAGGAGGAGGAGGUGGUGGUGAAGGAAUCUGUGGUCGUUGGACAAGAGCCACCUCGUCCAGCGGUGAGGAAACGGAAGAGACGACCUCUGAAGGCCGGGAUGGAAACUGUGACUGCAGCGAGACAAACACAGAAGACGAUGGACGAGGUGAAGGACAAGCCUAAGCGGAAGCCUCUGGUCAGGGCUGCGUCGGAGGAGGGCUCCAGCGACCUGAGCUCCAUCAACUUCUCUCCGUCCCGCGGGGACACGCUGCCCUGGAACCUGCCCAAGCAUCAUCGCAUGAAGAGAUCCAAGUCGGCCUCUGGAGAUGUGCUGGACCCGGCGGAGAGGGCCGUCUUCCGCAUCGCAGGUAAGUGGCUGUUGGUGACGUCAGUACUGUUUGUGGGUUUGAGUGGAUGAGGUCCAGCGGAGGC